UCGGGCUGCUGGGGCUACGCGCCUGGAGGGAAGCGGUAUCUACUAACAGAAGAUGAUAUAAAGUUACAAGCAUUUCAGCAGAUGAAAGUGGCAAUUAGAAAUGAAGUUCAUGGCAAUAAAGAUCCAUAUUUUCAAAGUAUUAAAGAAAAAUUAAAGAAAAAUGGAAUUAUUCUCAGAAAUGAAUUAAAAAAUUUACUGCAUUUAUGUCAGACUUCAUCUGAUGUGGAACUAGCCAGAAAAGUUAUUUACAGGUACCAUGAACAGAAUGGAAUUGCAGACUUAAGUAAUUUUAAAUUUGGACCCCUCUUCAUGAGGCUGUGUUUUGAGCUGGACCUUGAAAGGCCUGCAGUAGAACUUAUCAAAGAUCAGAAUUUGCAUGGUUUUUUCUCAGACAGUACAUCAUUCCAUAUUUUGAUGACUAUGUUAUUUAAAAAGGGCCAUUUUGAAAGUGCUUUGGAAGUUCUGGUAGAAAUGAAAAAACAAGGUAUACCUUUCAACAAAGAAACCUAUCUACUUGCAUUUGCAAUAUGUUACAAACUGGACAACCUGGAGUCUUGCAGAAUCUCUGCAAAACUGCUUGAAGAAGCCCAGCUAAAAGGUGACACGUUACCGCUGCGAGCGUUCUGCUUUGCUGUGGCAACUGCUCUGAAGCAGAAUGAUGUUGCGCAGGCCAAAUUUUAUUGUUCCCAGAUCAUGAAAACAGAGAACAAAUUAUACAAUAAUCUUAAAGUUCUUGUCCAGCUCAGAUCUGGUUCACUAGAAGAAGUAAUCAAGACAUUAGAGGCAGCAGUGGAAGUAGAUACUCCUCCCUUUUUGAAAAAAAUUGAGUUUUCUGAGCAGGUGCUGGCUACAGUCAGGGAAAAGAUGGAAGAAAACCCCGACCUUUCUGCCAAAUUAGGAGAUAUUUAUACAAAACUACAAGCUUCAGGACGGAUAACCAUGUGCACCAUGGAAGACAUGCUUUUCCAGAUUUCUAGUUCAAAGAAGACCCCUGCAAAGCUUUUAAAUCGGAAGCAAUUGGGCUAUCAGGCUGCUCAAUCUCUUCGGUCAAAUCUGUUGUUGGAAUAGUUCAAUAUCUGAUGGCAAACUGAACUGCUGUUAGCAUCACUUAGAUGCCGGGUUCAAAUAAAAUGUCCUCUUCCCUCCUCCACAAGUUUAAGUUGUUUGUGUGAAACUGUAUUUUAAAUACAAAUCAUGUAGCUUCUACCUUUCAGUUUGAUGCUAAAACAAGCCGUGACUGUGGGUAUUUGUGUGUUGUUCAGAAAUGGAGUGAUAGAAUGGUUUGAAUUUUUUCCUCAGGCACUUAAAUCAGGGUUUUCCUAUGCUAAAUGUUCUGAUGGAAGUGAACAAAAUAGUAUGCGUUUCUGACCUGAAUUCCAUGGUUCAUGAGAAGAAAAUUCAGUCUUCUUCAAAUGUAAUGUUCUGAUUGAAAACAUCCAAAGUGUGGAAGUGCUUAACUGUUUAUUCAAGUUCUGUACAUCUGAAGAGAAUCAGAGGAAAGCAAGCAUCUUUUGAUCCCUUCAAUAUCUUUUUCUUUGGAAUCAAUAUAUUAGUAUGUUUUUUCAUAUCACGUGGGAUCAUAGAAGUGCUGUGGGAGAUAGCAUGGUAACCAACUAGUUGUUUUCUCACUAGAAGGAGAUUCCUGAACAAUAGUCAGAGUCACAGAGUGAGUAGCCCCACAUAUUGCUUCCUUCAAUUUUUCUGAUAUUAAGUCUCCCAGGACAAACAGAUCUUGAUACAAAUUUGCAUCUAAAUCCUAACAAGUUUCUAAGAACAAGUACCAUCACUUUUUUAGACUAGGAUUACAUAUAAUUUUUGUAAUUCACUCACACAUUGAGCAAGUACAAAGAAACUUCAUGUUGAGAUAGAUUUAAUGACUCCAGGCCAAAUGUGCUUGGCUCUAGUGUUUGUAACUAUGAGUCCUGUAUACCCAAAAAUCUUUUCUCAUUCACCAUCUGGAAUAGAAAGAAUUGGAAACAGCUAUACCUUGGGCAGCACUCAGGUGCUUUUGAUUUACUUCUGCAUAUGAAGUGAUGAGCCUGUUAGUACAGAACUUAAUAGUUCUGUGAACACAAGACUAGGUGGAGCGCAGCAUGGUGCUCUCCAAGGUGGGCCACCUUAUCUCUCCUUUGGCUUCUGUUCUUUUUAUUUUAACUCUCCCCCCUCAAGUAAAUGUUAGAGUUCAAAUAAUUCUUUCUGUGAAUGAAUCUGUGCAUGCUAUAUGAGACUUUGUUGAAGCCAGUGAGUCACUGAAGAAACAGGAACCCACCCGUGCAGAAACACAUCUUAAGCCAUCAAAGCAAAUAUGGCUACAGCAGGUCAGAUGUUUCCUUCUGAGGCUCUGUAACAUUUCUAUUGCCAACGUGUCUUGUGAAUACUAAAGUGCACAAAACUGUUAAGAGUGGAUGGAGUUUCAUGCAAGUGUAAGUGAAGAAUAAUUUGAAAUUUGUAUCACAUUUUUUGUGAAAUGUGUGCACACUUUAUGAGUGGUUGCAUAGGUUAAAGUACUACAUACAUUAAAGAACAUAGCUAAUUGUUCUGUAAUAUUGUGUAGGACAUAAUUACAGACAUUAAUCAGGUAAGUACGGGGUUUUAGCCAUUUUCUUUUCCCUUGGCUGGAAAUUCUUUCAACACUUCCAAUACAAUAUGGGCCUUUAAGUAGCUUCCAAUCUUUUCUCCACAAAUAAAUUUGAUCCAGGCUGCUUGUCAUGUGGCAAGAAUUAGUUUCAAAGAAAUUAAAGAAGUGAACUACCUUUCAGUUUACUUGGUUGGUACUAUCAGGACAACUGUUUGAUGUAAAACUACAUUUUUAUCGUCAAUAGAAGACAGUUUGACCCAUUUAGCCUGUUAUACAUCAAAUAUAUAAGGUGAGUUCUGUUUCAUUUCCUUACUUGGCACUUUCAAACUUGCAUUAAUUCCAAGAAGCUUGUUCAUCCUAGGACUGAGAUGUUUGUUUGUUUUAAUCUGCAUUGGUUAGUUUCCUGACUGAGGCUGUAAGCUACCUGCAACUGAAGUAAUAAUAAUUUCUAUUACAAUUGUCAGUAUAGCUGAUGUAUUCUAUUCUUUGUCUUGACUACUUGUUUUCCUGAGGCUGGUUUUGGUUUACUCAAGCUACUAAGUUGAUAAUUUGUUUUAAAGAAACACCAUUUCUUGAGAGAGAAGGGGGAUGCCUUUAAAUAACUAACAAUACUUAGGCAGAAAAAGAAAUCAGGGACUCAAGAAGGAUUAAAGGGUACAUUCAAAGAAACGCACAAAAUUCAGAUGAUUGAACAUUAGAAUAUUGAAGGUUGCUCUGGAAGUGCUGUAGAAGACGGGUAACAUCCUCCCUUGGGGAAAAAAAAAGGCAGGAAAAAAGAGCAACUUGUAAUAUUUAUGCAGCUGAUUUGAAACAAAGUCAAAUUUGUUUCAUAAAAGUUGCACAGAGGCUUGUUGAUCAGGAAAGCCUGGAUUUGAACAUGCAUCAAGGUCCUGAGGACACCCACUUUUAUGCAGAACAGUCUUCAGCCAUGUGCUUAGUUUAGUGUAUUUAGGUGUGGUUGGCUUCUGGUUUCCCAGCACCCAAGAUCAGGAAACUAAACUUGUCUAAAGUUAAGCAAAUACUUAGGGAUUUUGCUGGGUCAAAGUGUCUGGAGUGUCAAGGUCUGGAUUACUAGAGAGCAUUUCUUUGGAGACAGCCUAAGAGAAUAGGAUAUGCACUACAUUACUGCAGCCAGUGGAAUAAUUAUACUUUGCUUCUGAGGCAUUUUAAUCAAGGAUGAACCUAGAAAUUAAAGAGAAGCCAACAUUGUGAAAUUCAAUUAAUAGAUUUCUUUUGUGAACAA